AUGGGCCUGAAGGACCAUCUGGAGGAUGGGACAGGCCACAUCCUCAGCUUGGGGCUGGAUCUGGACUACCUCCAUGUGGAAGGUGCUGAGCGACAGGCUGGUGUGAGCGCAGCGGCAGGAGCUGCACACACAGGAGAGGAGGAGGCGGUGGGAGCUGGUGUUCAGAACAACAGGAGUAGCAGUAUCAGUAGCAGCAGCACUAGUUAUAGUACACAGUCCAACUCCAGCAGCAGUAGUAGCUGUAGUUACUUCUCUGAGGAGAGCGCUGUCUCUGACAGUGAAGAUGAGCGGGCCCACAUUGUCUCCUGUUCUGCCUCUCAAAACCCAAAUCAUGGUGAGCCUGCUUUACAUCAAGAGUCCACCUCAGUCUGUCCACCAGUCAGGCUGGAUCUGGCACCCAACCAAUCCCCUGGAGACCCCCCACAACCAAAACCAUCAUCACCUGACUCUGACCAUGUGUCAGACUGCCGCACCAAGGUGGAGUUUGCGCUUAAACUAGGCUACUCUGAGGAGCUGGUGCUGCUGGUGUUGAGGAAACUUGGCCCAGACGCACUCAUCAAUGACAUUCUGGGAGAGCUGGUCAAACUGGGAACCAAGACCGAAAUGGAACAACAAGGAGGAGGAGGAGGAGGAGACUUGGCUGUUGCCCAGUCUCCCUCAUCUUCUAUGUCUCCCUCUUUGGCCUGCUCCUCCUCCUCUUCCACCUCCUCAUUGGAUACUUACCGGUUACUGUGUCCUUCUCAGCUGCUGGACAAUAAAGAAAACCUGCGACCUGUUGUGGUUGAUGGGAGUAAUGUAGCUAUGAGCCAUGGGAACAAGGAGGUGUUCUCCUGUCAAGGCAUUCAGCUGGCAGUUGACUGGUUCCUGGAGCGAGGUCACCGAGACAUCACUGUUUUUGUCCCCGCCUGGAGAAAGGAGCAAUCACGACCUGAUGCUCUCAUCACAGACCAAGAGAUUCUACGACGACUGGAAAAAGAGAAGAUCCUGGUCUUCACUCCUUCGCGUCGUGUGCAGGGACGACGCGUAGUUUGCUAUGAUGAUCGUUUCAUUGUCAAACUUGCUUAUGAGUCAGAUGGUAUCAUUGUUUCCAAUGACAACUACCGCGACCUCGCCAAUGAAAAACCAGAGUGGAAGAAAUUCAUUGACGAGCGUCUGCUGAUGUAUUCAUUUGUAAAUGACAAGUUCAUGCCUCCAGAUGACCCACUUGGACGUCAUGGACCCAGUCUAGAGAAUUUCCUGAGGAAGAAGCCAGUGAUUCCUGAACACAGGAAGCAGCCAUGUCCCUAUGGGAAAAAGUGCACAUAUGGCCACAAGUGCAAGUUUUACCACCCUGAGAGGGGCAGCCAUCCACAGCGAUCUGUGGCUGAUGAGCUCCGUGCCAGUGCCAAAAUGUCAUCAGUAGCUUCCAGAGGCCUGCUGGAAGAUGCCCUGAUGGUGAUGAGCCAAAGUUCCGGUCAACUGGAUGCCAUGGCAGAGGCUGAGGUUUGUCGGAGCACUCCAAAGAAACAGCCAAACCUCACUGACCUCCUGGAGGACAGGAUCCGAGGCCUGUCCAAGAUGGAGGCCCGUAGGGGGAGCAGCAGCAGCAGCAGUAGCUGUAGUAGCAGCUUCUUAGGUCUUUCUGCUCCAGGAGGGCCACCGUCAUCAGCAAGUCUGGACCGAUGGGAGUACAUGGGGAACUCCAGGCCUUCCAUAGCCUCAGGACCAAACCAGGCUGAAACACUCAACAGAUGUGAGUCCCCAGAGGUGGGCUACAGCUCACUGGUGAAGGCCUACUCUAGUCUAAGUCUUACAGUCCCACAGAGUCCGGAACGCUUCUCCCCAGCUGACCUUCGAGCUGGAUCACUGCUCUCAGACUGCAGCAGUGAGGAGAGCACAGACUCUUUCUCCCCAGACCCGGUUCUAGAUGAUGGUCCAAAGUGUCGCCACCUUCAUCACCAUUAUCACUGUGGUGGCCCCUACCCCACCAGCCGUCCAGAACUGGGCCAACACAGUCCUCAUGGGCCUUCCAUCUCUCAAACAAAACCACAAGGCUUUGGCUUGGAUGACCUACCAUUGACCUUCACAUCUCCUUACACCUCUCCGCAUCCCUUCAAACCCACUUCAGCCAAAUACAUCCCACCCCUCCUUCAGCACCCCUCCUCACUCAGCAGUUUUUCCAGGGAGUUCUCAGCAAGACCACCCCAAAUGCCCCCCUCUCAGAGUUCCCCCUUGGGCCACCUUUGGCAGGAGGGUGGGGUUCAGGACUCCAGAGUGUAUCAAGGAUCCCCACUUCAAUCUAGGAGAAGUUACUCUGGGAUAAACCAACAACCUCAACUCCAGAUGAACUGGGACCCCCGUUACCAGCAGAAGCCAUGCUAUGACACCUUCGCUUUACAGAGCCUUCCAGAUGUCCAUGAGAAACCGUGGCACUCUCCUUGGGGCAGGCAUUCCUCACCAUGUGGCUUUUCUGCACCACCAAUCCCACAGGUGACCAGUAGUCCAUCCAUCCCCACCCAUAAAAGCCACCCACCCCCACUCCCACCCCCAGCACACCAGCACCAGAAGUCCUCUGGCUUAGGUCGAUAUCAGGAUCUGAGGGAGAGGUUGUUUAUUAAUUUGUGUGGUAUCUUUCCUCCAGAUCUGGUUAGAUUGGUAAUGACUAGGAACCCUCAUAUGAUGGAUGCUCAGGAGCUUGCAGCUGCCAUUUUGAUGGUAAAAUUACAGCACAGUUAAAGGUAAUGACACAUGCGUAUGGACAGACUAAUAAUGCAGAUGAAAAGCACAUUAUUUAAAGCUCUUUACGCUGUCAAUGGGCUGCUUUUUCAAUGCAGGGAUAUUGUCCAUUAUUUUUAAAGGUAUUUUUCGUAAAAGGGAAAUCCCAAAUCUGCAAUGUUACUGAAUAUGCCUGCUUAAGCACUUAAGAUCAGGAAAGACUGGAGUUAUUGUUGUUAUUUGAGCUGUUUAGGUUGAUUCAGAACACAUACCCGCUUAGGGAGGCUUUCUGUGUUUCAAGAAUGACAGUGUUGUUUGUUAAAAUUAAUUUAUUUGUUACAUCUUAACUUAUUACUUUUAUAAUUUGGGAAAUUAUUCUGUUUUCUGCACUUGAUAUUGUUGUGUUUUCUGUUUUGUUUUUUUUGUUUUUUUUUUGGCAAUCAUAUCAGGGUUUCAAUACAUCUCAAAGCAAUAAUCUCCAUUUUAGUCAUAUGCCUGUGUUUCAGUUACUACAAUGACGGCACAGGGUAAGUAACAGAAUGUAAUAAACUGUAAAACAUCAAUGCCACAUUUAAAGUAUAUUCCUACAGUAUUUAUUGCUUAUAUUAGCUCAGUGGAUGUCUUCAGGUACUAACAGGUGGCAGAUCAGAUGCUGUGGUGAGAUUUUGUGAAUUUCCCCAACAGGGAAGUGAAACUUAAGUGGCAGCCGCAAAAAGAGAAAGCAAAAACUCCUCUCAAAAACCCCAAGCUGUCGUUAGCUUUGAACUCAGUGUAUUUCCUUUGCUAGGAUAACCCUGUCAGCUGACUUCACGCUUUAUCAGCUGUCGGAAAACAUUAAACAAAACACAUCCUGUGUUUUUUCUUUUCAGGCUUCAAACCAUACACACAUAACAAGCUAUCAAGAGAAAAACAUGAUAUAGGUAGAAUAAAAAUUGAUGGUAUCCUUUUAUUCUUAAUUUAAUAUUAUGUGUUAAUUUAUUGCAUUUUUUAUGUGUGUGAAUGUCUGUGGUGUGUGAGACACAGGGUCUCCUUUGUCAGUGGUGUCACCACUAGAGAGGAUUUAGCAGCUUUGGACAGGGUAGAACUCGUUUAUGCCCUUCAAUAAAAUAUGCAGUUUUGCAGUAAAUGACUCAAACCAACAUGCAAGAGCUGACAAACCAAACACAACUGUCUUCAGUUCUCCAGUCUCCUCUCUGAGACAUUAAUCAUUAGAUCAGUUAAAUCAGUGGGUGGAGCCAAAGAACCACACGGGUGGUUUAUUUAUACUACAC